AACAUUACACAUUACAUCAAAUUCUCUUUCUUUCAAAAGACCUCCAUUCUUAUUUCUUACCCUCUCUCAGUUAUUUCAUUGAAGCGCACUCAACGUUCUCCAUUGAAGCGCAGUUCUCCGUUGAAUCUAAUUCUUGUAUCCUCCAUUGAAGCAGCUUCUAAGGGCGACCGCCCCUCCUGCCCUGCCUCAGGGCAUCGAUCCGCCUCGUUGUUGAGGAUGAGUCAACUUCAGCAAUCACAGGUACAUCAGCAAUUGCAGCAGCAGCAGCAGCAAUUGCAGCAGCAACAAAUAAAUCCGCAGCAGCAGCAACAAGUGAAUCCGCAGCAGCAACAAGUGAACCCGCAGCAGCAGCAGCAGCAACAACAACAGCAACAAUUGUUGAGACAACAAGCGCAACAACAGCAAGCCGCGCUGUAUGGACAGAUGAAUUUUGGUGGGUCAAUGUUGAAUCAACCAUUGAGGCAGCAACAAUUACAACCUCAGCAGCAGCAACAACAGUUACCACAGCAGCAACAGCAACAACAACAACAGCAGCAGCAGCCGCAACAACAACAGCAGCAACCGCAACAGACUCAGCAUCCACAACAGCAACAGCCACAGCAACCAUCUCAGCAGCAGCAACAACAACAACAGUUGCAGCAACAACAAUUGGGCAGUGGGAAUUUGUCUCGGUCGACAAUGAUUGGACAAAGUGGGUCUUUGCCUGUGUUGUCUGGCCAAACUGCUGUGGCCGCUGCCCAAUUUAAUAAUAUACAGUCGCAGUUGCUUUCUUCGCCUAGGCAAAGGGCGAAUAUCCUCCAAAGCUCGCAAUUUCAAUUACCAAAUGCAAUGGGGCAAUCAGCGCAUAUGCAAGCAUUGCAGCUGUUGGGUUUUGGUUCACAGAUAAGAGCAAAUGGUGCAGUCCCGUAUGGGCAACAACGCAUCAAUCAAGCCCAGUUGAGGCAGCAAUUAACACAACAGAAUUCACUUUCGUCACCUCAGAAAAUUCAGGGUCAGAGCAUGUCACGAACGUCAUCAUUGGCAUAUAUGAACUCUCAGUUGUCUGGCUUGUCUCAAAAUGGACAGCCAGGUAUGAUGCAGAACUCUUUGUCUCAGCAACAAUGGAUGAAGCAAAUGCCCGCGAUGUCUGCCCCUGGAUCACCAUCAUUGCGUCUGCAGCAGAAUCAGAGACAGAUCUUACAACAACAUAUAAGUCAAUCUUCUCAGUUGCAGCAGACCAUGUCUUUGAAUUCCCAGCAAUUAUCACAGCUGGUUCAACAGCAGCCCUCAAUGGGGCACCCUCAGGUGCAGCAGCAAUCCCUGCAGCCAAUGCGGCAGCUACAACAGCAACCAUUAGUGCAGCAACAACCAUCAACACAACAACAGCAAUUACAGCAGCAGCAGCAGCACCCGCACCUGCUACAGCAAUCACCAACUAUGAAUCAGCAGCAGCAGCAGCAACAGUUAUCUCCAAGGAUACAGGGACCAGCAGGCCAAAAGUCAUUAAGCCUAACUGGAUCACAACCAGAUGCUACUGUAUCUGGAACAACUACUCCAGGGGGUAGUUCAAGUCAAGGAACCGAGGCAAUGAAUCAACUUCUUGGGAAACGAAAGAUACAAGAUUUGGUUUCCCAGGUGGAUGCACAUGGUAAGCUGGAUCCUGAAGUUGAAGAUCUUCUCUUAGAUAUUGCUGAUGACUUCAUUGAUUCAGUUACUACAUUUGCAUGCAAUUUGGCAAAGCAUCGAAAAUCUUCAACACUGGAAUCCAAGGAUGUGUUGCUACACCUAGAAAAAAAUUGGCAUCUGACUAUCCCAGGAUACUCUAGUGAAGAUCGGAAAAGCAACACCGACAGUCCCUCAAGUGAUGUGCACAGAAAGCGCCUUGAUAUGAUACGUGCCCUGGUGGACUCUUCACAAUCAGAAUUCUACCCAAACAAUUCUAAAGAAAUGGUGAAACAAGGACUUGGUAACUUGUCAGGUGCCAACCACAUUAUGAAAGCCUCCCCUAGUCCAGAUCAACUUGUUGCACAAUCAACUGCAUCUCAAAUGCUUCAGCAGAUGACAAGGUUCUGAUAGGGCGCCCCUGGUUUGUCUGUUCAGCUACAAAUGAGUGAACGUUUUUGCAUAAGGCAAUCAGCGAGUACCUCCCUCCCCGUAUCAUUCACAUCCUCUUGCACUAUAGGUUGAUAAACUGUGAGGGGUACAGAUCUACACAGCUAGGUGAUUCUGAAUAAAUGGAAAACGCUAAGAUGCGCCGAAUAAGAUACUGACCAACUCGAGACAUGCUAGGAAUUCGUUUUAAUUAUCCUGUGUAUAUUAUUGUGGAAGAUGAUGAGCUAAGGAGGUUUGUCUACAAACUACAUAGCUGUAUAUUAUGUGCUUUCAUAGUCAUACCAUCCUGUAAUUUUAUUUAUAUUCACGAGUGGAGUUUGAAUUUCACGAAUGAAUUGUAAUAGGAAGCAUUUUUUAUAUUCUUUAGAAAAGUUAUAAUAGGUGAAUUUUUAUUAUACUGUGAAAUUUUGCCCACGUUAGAUUAUUCUGAUAUUGCAAUUUGAUAUGUUCUCUGUCCUUAAUUGAUUUGAA